CAAUCCGCGCGUCGGUCCAGGACUGAAGAGAGCCCGCUUUUCGAUCCUUCUGCCAUCCUCCAUUAUUUAUUACUCUCCCCUCCGCUCUUUCUUCAGCAGCACAGCUCCUCCUCCCUUCCUCGCCGAUCCUCCGCGAAAGCGAAGAUGACAGCAAUGGAAGGAGGGAAGAAGACCCUCCAUCUCCUCCUCCUUCUCUUCCUCGUCUCCUUCUUCAACUUCCAGCUUCCUGCUGCUCUCUCCGCUCCCGCCGCCCUGCAGCUCCAGACCCAGUCCCUCGCGCUCCGCCCUCUCCCGUCGCCGCCCGCCGUCGCCUCGUGGCCCGAGUCCGAAGCCGCCGCCGCCGCCGCCGUCCUCGAGUCCGAGUCCGAAACUUCCUCCUCCGCCGCCACCACUCUCUCCAUGGAGCUGCAGCACAUCGACGCCCUGUCCUUCAACCUCACCCCGCAAGCCCUCUUCCACCUCCGCCUCCAGAGGGACGCCUCUCGCGUCCAGUCCAUCUCCGAGUUCGCCGCCGCCGCCGCCGCCGCCGCCCCCGGCGGCAACGUCAGCAGACCUCGCAUGGGGUUCAGCAGCUCCGUCGUGUCCGGGCUCGCGCAGGGGAGCGGCGAGUACUUCACCCGGCUCGGCGUCGGCACCCCUCCCCGGUACGUCUACAUGGUCCUGGACACCGGCAGCGACGUCGUCUGGGUCCAGUGCGCCCCCUGCCGGAGAUGCUACUCCCAGACCGACCCGGUCUUCGACCCCUCCAAGUCCACCUCCUUCGCCGCCAUCUCCUGCUCCUCCCCGCUCUGCCGCCGCCUCGACUCCCCCGGCUGCAACCAGCGCCGCAGGUGCCAGUACCAGGUCUCCUACGGCGACGGCUCCUUCACCCUCGGCGAGUUCUCCACCGAGACCCUCACCUUCCGCCGCACCCGGGUCGGCCGCGUCGCCAUCGGCUGCGGCCACGACAACGAGGGCCUCUUCAUCGGCGCCGCCGGGCUCCUGGGCCUCGGCCGCGGGACGCUCUCCUUCCCGUCGCAGGCCGGCCGCCGGUUCAACAACAAGUUCUCAUACUGCCUGGUGGACCGGUCCGCCUCCACCAGGCCGUCCUCGGUCAUCUUCGGCGACGCCGCCCUGUCCCGACCCGCCCGGUUCACCCCGCUGCUGAAAAACCCUAAGCUCGACACGUUCUACUACGUGGAGCUCCUGGGGAUCAGCGUCGGCGGCACGCGCGUCCCCGGCAUCACGGCCUCCCUCUUCAAGCUGGACCCCGCGGGCAACGGCGGGGUCAUCGUCGACUCGGGCACGUCCGUGACCCGCCUGACCCGGCCGGCGUACGUCGCCCUCCGGGACGCGUUCCGGGCCGGGGCGUCGACCCUGAAGCGGGGCCCGGACUUCUCCCUCUUCGACACGUGCUACGACCUGUCGGGGAGGACGGAGGUGAAGGUGCCGACGGUGGUGCUGCACUUCCGGGGCGCCGACGUGUCCCUCCCGGCGUCGAACUACCUGAUCCCGGUGGACAGCAAGGGGACCUUCUGCUUCGCGUUCGCGGGCACCAUGAGCGGGCUCUCCAUCGUCGGGAACAUCCAGCAGCAGGGGUUCCGGGUCGUGUUCGACCUUGCGGGUUCCCGGGUCGGGUUCUCUCCACGUGGGUGCGCCUGAGCGCCCGUGUAACCAUGUGCGGGAGUUGGCGGUAGCCGUGGGACCCACCCGUCCUUUUUUUUUUUUCUUUUUUUCCUUUUUUUGCCUUUAUCUUUUUCCGAAAGGCGGAAAUGUCUGUUGGAAUUUAGCAGGAACAGGACGCUGGAAAGUUUUUUUUCCUCUU